AUGCAGUCCCCGGUGCUUCUCCAGCUCCUCCUGCUAGCGCUCAUGGGCACUGUGAGCGCGCAGUUCGGCGGCUUCUUCGACCAGAUGUUUGGCGGUGGCGGCGGCGGCGGGCAGCAACAGCGACAAGAGCAAAACGUCCCCAGCGACUCCGCCUGGUAUCGCAGCAACGUCGACGCUGCCGUGUGCAGCAACUAUCUCUGUCCCGAUACUCUUGCCUGUGUCCAUUUCCCUCAUCACUGCCCGUGUCCUUUCCCGGAUCAUGAAGACAAGUUUGAGCUGGCCGAAGGUCAGAGGAUAUGUGUGUCGCGUGGAGGUUUCAAGGCGGGCGAGGCGGCUAGGAAGGUGGAGUUGGCGAGGAAGGGUCUUCUCUAA